AUGACUGAACACGUGUUUUUACACUAUUACGAAUUAAGUAGUAUUAAGGAUAGUAUUAAUAGUAUAGAGAGUUAUAUCGGUAUCUACUUAGAUUAUCUAAAAUCUGCGGACCCCCUUUAUUUUAGAGAUACUUCAGUAAUGACCACUCAGAUUUUCCUAAAUGACCUCAACACAAUUUAUAGUAAAUUCAAUGCCUUGUACGCUGUUCACCCUAAACAAAAACGCGGUCUUAUUAAUGGGUUGGGCUCUAUCAUAAAGAGUAUCACUGGCAAUUUGGACCACAACGAUGCACACCAUUACAAUCAAGCCAUACAAACUUUACAGAAAAAUCAAAAUAUCAUUGGAAAUAAAUUGAAUUCUGGGAUAAGCAUUAACAAACAAAUGUUAGAAUCAUUCAAUAUCACUCUGUCCACUAUAAUUUCCAACGAAAAUAAAAUCCAUACAACUUUGAACGAAAUAAUAACUGACGUUAAUAUGACCAAUUAUCACUUGUCCGAUUACAUAAAAAUUAACUGUUUAUGUAACAUGAUAAAAAGUAAUUUACGGAAUAUUCUAGACUUUGUUACCAUGCUCGAAAAUGCAAUUGCUUUCUCUAAAUUAGGAAUUACCCACCAUAGUGUAAUAAAUUUCGAGAAUAUUAUGUUCAUGUCAAAUGUCUUGACAAAGCUUUAUCACAAACAAGAAAUGCUUACCAAUGAAAAUACCGAGUUGCGAGAUUAUUAUGAUAUUAUUACUUGUGGCUCCUUUUAUACAGAUAAUAGAAUUGUUUUCGCUUUGAAGUUUCCUAUAAUGUACAAAAAUACAUACACCUACUACCACCUAUUCCCCACUCCUACUCUUAUCCCUCCUAAACCUUAUAUGGCUAUGAACGGCGAAAAACACCAGUACAUGGAGGAAGAAUGUAAACAAUUUCAAGAAACGUACUACUGCGAGGAAACGUCUUUUACUCUGACAUCAAGGCCCGACGAUUGCAUCUACUCGUUGAUACUAAAACACGAAAUUUCUGCUAACUGCCAAUAUACUGCAAUUACAAUUGACUUCGAGCUACUGCAGAAACUGGAUGACUACCAUUAUACAAUGACCUGUCCACAACGUACUAAAUCACAACUUUUAUGCGACGACGAAGAAAUUAGAUUUAUCCAAGGAACAUACCUGAUCGAAGUCCCAGAAGGCUGUAGUUUUACCACCGCAAGCUCAUCUGUUAAAAACUACAGAAAUAAAAUUAAAGGACAGACUAUCAAACUUAUAUCCUUCCAAUUGUCCAAUAUAACGAUCCUAAAUAAUGCACAACCGUUGAAACUGGAAAGGGUUCCAUUAGAACAAUUAUAUAAACUCCAAGCUCUAUUAGAAAAGGAGGAACUUCAGCAGAUACAACCAUUUGAUCCUAAAAUUAAUAGUAACCUGGUAUUGACCGUACCCUUAUACGUGCUGGUUAUUGCAACCGCCGGAAUACUGGUGUGGAAGAAACUAAAAUCACGUCGACCAACCACGACCACGACUACUACAAGAGCCCAGGACGUCGAGUUGGCCCCAACUGUUCAGCCCUUCUUCACGGGAAGGUCUUCAGAGUGAUAAGGGGGGUGUUAUGUGUGUGCGCGUGCCAUAUAUUUGUGUGGUACAUAUGUGUAGUGCAUCUAGCAUUAAGAAAAACUUAACGGCAGUUCGAACCUAACUUCGGUCGCUCUCGCUCGCUCUCGCUCCGAUUGUCGGGACCAAUUAUGUAAUCAUAUUAUUAAAAACUUGUAACCUUAAAUCAAGUUUCACUGAAGAUUUCACGUUUAAAACCCAAGAACUAUAAGUUACUCGUAUAUACAAUUCUAGAUAAAAGUACACAGGUCAAAGUUUAUGGAUCCUUAAAU